AUGGCCCUCAUAAAAGACUCCAUAACAACAAUCUCAUCCCUGUCCAAAUUCCUCUUCCUCUCCUAUGUACUCGACUGGAUAUUCAUAAUCGGCAUCGCCUUAAUAGGUUAUGGCUUCUACAAACAACACCCAAACCGCCAUCCCUUCAGCCUAUCCGACCCAACAAUCAGCUACCCGCAAAGCCCAGAAACCGUAACAACAGAAACACUCCUACUCGUCAGCCUCCUCGCGCCAGCACUGCUAGUCUUCCUGAUCAGCGCGCUCGUCGUGCCAGGUAGCGCAGCCAUUACUUCAAACCAGCACGCCAAACCUUCUGCGGCACAUAUCAUCCGUCGCAAGAUCUGGGAAUGGAAUGCCGGGUGGAUGGGUCUGGCGCUGGCGCUUGCCAGUGCGUGGUGCGCAACCCAGGGAUUGAAGGUUCUGAUUGGGAAGCCGAGGCCUGAUUUGAUUGCGCGGUGUGACCCUGAUUUGUCGGCUAUUGAUAGGUAUACUGUUGGCGGUCUUGGGGGUAGGGUUGAUGGGGCGCCUGUGCUUGUUUCUUGGGAGAUUUGUCGCGAUCAGAGUAACUCUUUGAGCAUUGAUGGGUUUGCUAGUUUUCCUAGUGGGCAUUCUUCUUUUUCUUUCUCUGGACUGCUCUAUUUAACCCUCUGGUUGUGUUCCAAGUUCUCUGUGGGGUUCCCGUAUUUGCCGCAUUAUCCUGUGGAAGAUCAGACCUUCGCUGAUGAUGCUUCUUCCGUUCGGAGACGGGGUGCUGCGCCGCCUGUGUAUCUCAUGCUAAUCGCGUUCUUCCCGACGGCGACUGCUGCUUUCAUUUCUGGAUCGCGCUGGUUCAAUUAUCGGCAUCAUGGCUUUGAUAUCCUUUUCGGGUCCGCGCUAGGCAUCUUCUUUGCCUACAUCGGGUUCAGCAUGUACCAACUCCCCAUUCGCCGUGGCGCGGGCUGGGCUUGGGGUGCGCGCAGUCGUAGGAGGGCUUUCAUGCGUGGUCUUGGUUUCCCUAGUUCCCUCGGAACUGACAGCUGGUCGUAUACACACAAUAAGGACAGAGAGACGCACGCCAACGGUCAUAGUAAUGGCCUCGGCACUGAUAUUGAGAUGGCACCUCGAGGUCGGGAUGCGCCAUUGGAAGGUCACGCCAAGCCGGGCAGCAGCUCUGGCAACGGCGCUCGGCUGGAGGAAUGA